AUGUUGGGUUCAGGGACAAAUUUAGUGACAACUGUUAUUGGAUUUGGCAUGAGUGCCACUUUCAUUGUUUUUGUUUGUACAAGAAUCAUUUGUGGAAGACUUAGAGGUGGUGUUGAAUCUAGGAUGAUGUAUGAAAUUGAAUCAAGAUAUGAUAUAGAACAGCCAGAACAUCAUGUUAAUGACCCUGAACCUGAACCAGUUCUGCUUGAAGCAAUCCCUACUUUGAAGUUCAAUCAAGAGGCUUUCAGUUCCAUUGAAGAUACACAGUGUGUAAUAUGUUUGGCAGAAUACAAAGAAAGAGAAAUAUUGCGAAUCAUGCCGAAAUGCGGCCACACUUUUCAUCUUUGUUGCAUUGAUAUAUGGCUGAGGAAACAAUCUACCUGUCCAGUAUGCCGUCUACCAUUGAAAAACUCGUCCGAAACAAAACACGUGAGACCUGUGACAUUCACCAUGAGCCAACCUCUUGACGAGCCGCCACACACAUCAGAAAGGAACGCAGAUAUUGAGAGGCACAUCGAACCUACUGCUGUUAACUCCGUACAACCAACUUCUGAAGGACCAGAAGCAAGGCAAUGA